AUGGAAGGUUUAUUGAAUUGUCAAAGAGACAAUUUUAAUAGAAUAUCAAAGGCACAAAUUAACUUUAAAAAAUCUCCGAAAGACCGAAUAACGGAGUCAUAUGUAGAAACUAAACUGGAUAAUAUAGAACAGUUGUGGGUUGAGUUUCUCACUACACAUCAGCAAAUACUUAAGGAUUAUAAGUGGGAAGAUGUACAACGUACUUUUUAUGUUAAAGAUGAAAUAUAUGACAAAACUGAAGAAAUAUUUUCUGAUUAUAAAAGCACACUUAAAAGAUAUUUAAAAAGUUUUAAUGAAAAUAAAAUUAGUAGUGGUGAUAAAGAUUCUGGUUCUUCUAAAGCAGGCAAUGGGUCCUCUUCUGCGGUAAAACUUCCGAAAAUAAUUAUUCCGCAAUUUUCAGGAAAAUAUACGGAGUGGUAUUCCUUCAGGGAUUUGUUUAUUUCUUUGGUUCAUUCUAAUAAUUCAAUAGAUGAUGUACAGAAGUUACAUUAUUUAAAGGGGCAUUUGACCGGAGAAGCGGAGCAAUUAAUUAGACAUGUUCCGAUUACUUCUGCAAACUAUAUACAGUGUUGGCAACAGUUAGAGAAUAGGUACAAUAACAAGCGAUAUUUGGCAAAUUGUAUUUUAAAAAGAUUGUUUAGCCAAAGAUCAUUAGGUAACGAAUCCGCAUCAGUUUUAAAAGAGUUACUAGAUACUACAACUGAUUGUAUACACGCGUUAAAAAAUUUGAAUAUAGAUGUUAGCACAUGGGAUAUUAUUAUAAUACACAUUAUAAAUUAUAAACUAGAUCAGGAAACACGCAAACAAUGGGAAUUGAAAAUAUCAGCUGAGAAUUCAAAUGAACUACCCACUUUCAAUCAAUUUUCAGAAUUUCUUCAAAGUAGAUUUCGGGCUUUAGAAUGUAUAGAACCAAAACAGCGAUCUUCAAUUCCUAGUAGCGGGUCUUAUCCUAAAACUAAAACUUGUAUGCACGUGGCUAAAAUAAAUUGUGAAUUCUGUUCGGAAACGCAUAAAUUAUGUUUCUGCAAAAAAUUCGCAAAAUUAGAUUAUACUCACCGUUAUGAAUUUGUAGCUAAAAAUAGUUUGUGUUUCAAUUGUCUUGGAGGCAACCACUCUGCCAAGUUCUGCCAGAGUACUACUAUUUGUAAAGUUUGUAAACGUAGGCAUCACUCUCUCUUGCAUCCACAGAAAAGGGACCAUUUAGAAAUUUCAGGUUCUGGUAAUUCAACAAAUAAAGUCGAAAGUAAAGAUAAAAAAGUAGAUAUAGAUAGUGGGGAAACAUCUAGUAAUAUAGUUUCAUGUUUUUCUGCUGGUCAAACUGCAGUUCAUAGUCAAGUAUUGCUUGCCACCGCACUCGUUCAAGCUGAUACUCAAACCGGGGAGAGUCGGGUUAUAAGGGCGUUACUGGAUCAAGGUUCACAAGCAUCCUUCAUCACAGAAGCGACCGCUCAAUAUUUGGGGGUAAAGAAAAUUCCAGUACAGGGAACGAUAUCUGGUCUAGAAGGAAAUAAAAAUGUAACUGCCAAGUAUAUGGUCCAGCUGAAGAUACGCUCACGCAUCAAACCUGAAAUAAUUAUCAUGGUGCAAGCAUAUGUACUGAAAACAAUUACUACUUUUCUACCAAAUAAGAAAGUAGUUGAAUUGGACUGGUUGGAUUUAAAUGAAAUACAACUUGCAGAUCCUCAAUAUCACACUCCAAACAAAAUCCAUAUUUUGUUGGGAGCUGAGAUAUAUGGACAGAUUAUUGAAGAUGGGGUUAAAAGAGGACCUCAUGGUACACUAGUGGCACAAGCUACGUCGCUAGGAUGGAUACUUUCUGGUACAAUAAAGGAAGCAUCAUUUAGAUCAGUAACUAAUGUUACAGCCUUGCAUUUAUGUACGCAUGAGAAUGAUUACCUUAAAAAAUUUUGGGAAAUUGAAAGUGAUCCUUAUACUUUAAAACGAAUCUUGACAGAAGAAGAAAUACUCUGUGAACAACUAUAUAAAGAAACUACAAAACGAGACAGUGAGGGACGAUAUAUUGUCAAACUCCCAUUUAAGUCUGAAAAUCUGCAAUAUAUUAACGGAAACUCGAGAGAUAUAGCUACAAUACGAUUGAAGAGAUUAAUGGUGAAAUUAAAUAGAGAUGAGACACUGAAAGAAAAGUAUACAGAGAUUAUAAAAGAGUACUUACAUCUAGAGCACAUGGAAAGGAUACCAGAAACAGAAAAAGAAAAUAGAUUAAGUUUCUACUUACCUCAUCAUGCAGUGAUAAAUAAUGCCAAAGAUACAACAAAGGUUCGCGUAGUAUUCGAUGCUUCUGCAAAAAAUGAAUAUGGUGUAUCAUUAAACGAGUUAUUAAUGAUAGGGCCAACACUUCAGCCAGAGUUGCGCCAUUUAAUCAUGCGGUGGAGAAUAUAUAAGAUAUGUUUAGCUGCUGAUAUCAACAAAAUGUAUCGGCAAAUUAAGGUGUACGAACAAGAUGCAGAAUUUCAGCGAGUACUAUGGGGAGAUAAUGAAAAUGGAACAAUUGAAGAUUAUAGAUUAAAAAGACUUACCUUUGGUACGGCUGCUGCUCCUUAUCUAGCUGUAAGGACACUGCAACAAGUUGCAUUAGAUGAAGGCGAUAAUUGUCCAAGUGUAGUUCAAAGAGUAAAAAACGACUUCUACAUGGAUGAUCUUCUGACAGGCUGUGAUACUGUUGAAGAAGGUGUUAUUAUUUAUCAAGAAAUGAAUCAACUAUUACAAAAAGGUGGAUUUCAACUGCAAAAAUGGAUGACUAACAGUGAAGAUUUGUUAAAUGAAAUAAAGCAGGGAAAUGAACAUGCACAGGAAGGGUUGAAGAUAAAGUUAGAUGAAGUAGUUAAACUUUUAGGACUUACCUGGAAUCGUUCAGCAGAUACCUUUCAAUAUUCGGUGAAUCUUCCUCCGGUGUCUGGACCUGUAACAAAAAGAAAGAUUAUCUCAGAAAUAGCAAGAUUAUUUGAUCCGCUGGGCUUGUCGGAGCUAACAAAAAUUAACAUACCGAGAUGGUUCGGAACUAAAUUCACAUCUUCACGAGUCGAGUUACAUGGCUUCUCAGAUGCGUCGAAGAUAGCAUAUUCAGCAGCCGUUUAUAUACGAUUAACAGACGAACAUGGUAAUAUCCAUGUCACUUUGGUUUCUGCUAAGACCAAAGUCGCGCCAAUCAAACAAAUUUCAGUCCCUAGAUUGGAAUUAUGUGGUGCCGUAUUGGUGACACGUCUUUUGGUCGAGGUAGCUGAAGUUUUAGGCAUCCCUAAAAAAGACAUUCGAGCCUGGACUGACUCUACGGUGGUUUUAGCGUGGCUUAAUAGCCAUCCAAGUAAAUGGCAAACCUUUGUUGCCAAUAGAGUGUCCGAGAUCUUGUCAACUUUAGAUUCUCAACAAUGGGCACAUAUAACAUCAGGACAGAAUCCUGCCGAUUGUGCUUCUCGAGGUGUUAGUCCAUCAGAUCUAUGGCAAAAUUCAAUGUGGUUUAACGGACCGGAGUUUUUACAUAAACAUGAGGUGCAUUACAAUAAACCAAAGGAUAUUGCAACACAUUUAGAAGAAAGUAAAGUACACCUAACAGUCACUGAAACUACACUUUGGGAUCGAUACAAUUCAUUGACAAGAUUAAUUCGAGUAAUAUCAUACUGUAAACGUUUUUUAAAUCUACGUACCGGACAACAGCGACAGAGUACUACUUUUCUUUCAACACAGGAAUUGGCGGGUGCUUUAAAAACUUGCAUAAAAAUUUGCCAAAAACAAAAUUUCCAUGAAGAAAUAGCUCAGAUUAAUAAAAAUAUAGAGUACAGUACAGUUAAGGGUCCGCUGAAAUCGUUAAAUCCGUUUAUUGAUAGUUCUGGAGUUUUACGAGUAGGUGGGCGACUUGAAAAAUCACAACUCAAUUUAGAUGCUAAACACCCUAUAUUAUUGCCAAAAAAUUCACCAUUUACAAAACUUAUUAUUGCUGAUGCGCAUACGAAAACUUUGCAUGGAGGACCACAACUUAUGUUGUCCUUUAUUGGGACUAAAUAUUAUAUUUUGAGUGCGAAAUAUUUAGUUAAAGCCUAUGUUCGCAAGUGUGUUAAAUGUAUUCGCUACUCUGCAACUACUUCUACUCAAUUAAUGGGUCAAUUACCUACAGCUAGAGUAUCUCCAGGAAGACCCUUUCAGUGUAGUGGUGUUGACUAUGCAGGUCCUGUGAAUGUUAAAACUACAAAGGGUCGCGGUUAUCAUUCUACAAAAGGAUAUAUUUGUCUAUUCAUAUGUAUGGCCACUAAGGCGAUACAUCUUGAGUUGGUUGGAGACCUUACCACACAAGGGUUUUUGGCGGCUUUUAGACGUUUUGUUGCUCGCAGAGGUUUAUGUACAGAUAUUUGGAGCGAUAAUGGAACAAAUUUUGUUGGCGCCUCGCGCGAAUUACGAACUUUGUUCGCUUCUGAGAAUAAAAAAAUUUCAACAGAGGUAGCCGAAAUUCUAGCCACACAAGGUACUACGUGGCAUUUUAUACCACCACGCUCUCUAAUUUUGGAGGGUUAUGGGAAGCCGGGAUAA